UAAGGUAUGCAAUCCACUGUUGAGAGGAGCGGAGUUCACUAGGGCCAGGCUUCCCAGGCAAUUGCAGCUCCCAGAGAGUUCACACCCAGCAAAUGCACACCUUCUAUUAGCCUUGCUCCCUGACUUCGCCUUAGCAUUACCACCCCUCUCCCCAAAAUAUUAUUUUACUGACUUCAAGCUUUAUAAAAUUUGCAAUUUAAAGUUUUCCUCUGAGUGUGAAUGUUAUAUUAGCAUAGAUUUCUCAUAGAAUGCAAAUGUCGCUAGUCAAAUACAUUUCAAAGCUGAAAACCCCUUGUUCCUGUCAUCCCGUUAGUGAAUUUAUUUUACCCUACUACAAGCAAUCCUAUAUGAACCUCAUCAGCAUUUUUUAAACAAAACGGUUACUUGUUUGAAAAUGAUUGUAUGGAGUCAGACGGGCCGCAGACGCUUCUGGAAGCACCAGCGCUGUGGCUGCCCAGGGAGAACCCCAAGUCCAGUUCAAGCUGGUGCUGGUUGGCGACGGCGGCACCGGCAAGACCACGUUCGUGACACGUCACCUGAUGGGUGAAUUCGAGAAGUAUGUAGCCACUCUGGGCGUGGAGGUCCACCCCCUAGUGUUCCACGCCAACAGGGGCCCCAUCAAGUUCCACGUGUGGGACACUGCCGGCCAGGAGAAGUUCAGCGGGCUCUGGGACGGCUACUACAUCCAAGCCCAGUGUGCCAUUAUGAUGUUUGAUGUAACGUCAAGGGUUACUUACAAGAAUGUGCCUAACUGGCAUAGAGAUCUGGUACGAGUGUGUGAGAACGUCUCCAUUGUGCUGUGUGGCAAUAAAGUGCAUAUUAAGGACAGGAAAGUUAAGGCAAAAUCUAUUGUCUUCCACCGAAAGAAGAACCUUCAGUACUAUGACAUUUCUGCCAAAAGUAACUACAAUUUUGAGAAGCCGUUCCUGUGGCUUGCUAGAAAACUAAUUGGAGACCCUAACCUGGAGUUUGUCGCCAUGCCUGCUCUUGCCCCCCCAGAGGUGGUCAUGGAUCCAGCUCUGGCAGCACAGUACCAGCACGAUCUAGAGGUUGCUCAGACAACCGCGCUCCCGGAUGGGGAUGAUGACCUGUGAGAAGUGCAGCUGGAGGCCAGCGUCAGAAGUCUAGUUUUAUAGGCAACUGUCCUGUGAUGUCAGUGGUGCAGCGUGUUUGCCACUUUUAUUAUAUAGCUGAGCAGAACAUGUGCUUAAUCUUUGGGAUGCUGAAGGAGAUGAAUGGGCUUCGGAGUGAAUGUGGCAGUUUAAUCAGUACCUUCAUUUUUUUGGACCUGCAUACUUAGCUGUUUUGGAACACAGUUGUUUCCUUCCUGAGUUUCAGAUAAUGAGACUGCUACAGUCCCAUCACAAUAUCCAGUGGUGAAAUCUCGUUUGUCACUGUCAUUCCCAUUCCUUUUCGUUUAGAAUCAGAAUAAAGUUGUAUUU